GAGACGGAAAUGAAUAUGCGCGUAAAGAUCUUUUGAGGGCUGACAGAUCACUUUGAUGCAUGAUAGUGCAUAUAGGUGGCUCCAAAUAUGAAUGGUGAAUCAGCACAGGCGACGAAGGAAGAGGAAGUGGAGAAAAGGGGACCGAAGAUAUCGGACAUAAAGAAGUCUUUGUACGAGAGGAUCAGAGAGCAGAGCAGAGUGCCUGGCGAGGCGGCGGGCGCGAGGGGGGUCGAGAGGGUCAUAUCGCCGGAGAGGUUUAAGGAAAGCAGGAACUGCAUAACGAAGAGGUUGUCCGAGGCAGAGAACAGCAAGAUAGUGAGCGCCAAGGAGGUGGAGAGGACCCGACAGAGUAAGUGGCGCACGAGUCGGGGGCCGGUGGAAAGGGCGAGCGUGGACAUGUCGAGGGCGAGCAUGGACAUGUCGAGGGCGAGCGUGGAGUUGCCGAGGGCGAGCGCGGACAUGUCGAGGGCGAGCGCGGACAUGUCGAGGGCGAGCAUGGACAUGUCGAGGGCGAGCGUGGAGUUGCCGAGGGCGAGCGUGGAGUUGCCGAGGGCGAGCGCGGACAUGUCGAGGGCGAGCGCGGACAUGUCGAGGGCGAGCAUGGACAUGUUGAGGGGGAGCAUGGACAUGUUGAGGGGGAGCAUGGACAUGUUGAGGGCGAGCAUAGAGUUGCCGAGGGCGAGCGCGGACAUGUCUAGGGCGAGUGUGGACGUGUUGAGGGCGAGCGCGGAGUUGCCGAGGGCGAGCGUGAAUUUGAAGAGGGGGAGCGCGGAGUUGCCGAGGAGGAGCGCGGAGUUGCCGAGGGUGAGCGUGGACUUGUCGGCGAGUGCGGAUUCGUCGCGAGAGAGGGUGCAGGUGCGGAGGGAGAGGGCUGCUGAGAGGGAGAGCGCCGAAGUGGUGGAGGGAGAUGGCGAGGCGGACAAGGUGGCGGUUGGUGACGGAGAGAGCGCGGACUUGGCUGACAGGCGCAGCAGCAGUGGUGGCGUCAGGGUUUAUUCUUCUAGCCUGUCGACGAGCUCGGCUGCGAAGGUGUCUCAGAUGUCUCCUGAGGCCGUCUUGUUGUACGCGGAGUUGUCGAAGAUGCCCACGCCGUCGACGUCGAAGCCGUUGCCCCAGACGCCGAGCGACCCUCCCCAGCGCAGGGAGCGCGUCGUGCCAAGUGGCCAGAGAACGUCGUGGGGCUCUGUCGGGUCGGCUGGUCCCGAUGUGGCGGAGCACGCGAAGGCGCCGAAAAUCAUCCUUCCCUUACCGCCGACUCUGGCCAAGGGCGCGAAGGGCUCCGAAGAGGCGACGGCUACAGAGCACUCGAAGAAGUCGAAGGUCGCCCCCUCCUUUCCUCCCCUUCCCGUCCUGCCGAAGAGUGCGACGAGGGACGCCGAAAAUGGCGGCGCGGGAGACUCGAAAACGCCCAUCCGUUCCUCUCCCGUCUCGGCAAGAUCUGGCACCAAGAGCUUCGAAGAAGCGAUGGAACUCGCCAACGAGCAACACCGACUCGCCUCCCCCUCCUUUCCUUCUCCCCUGUCCAGCGUGAGGAAAUCCUCCUCCAGACCCUCUCUUUGGUCCUCCGCCGUCAAACUCGUCGGCUUCUCGGCCCCCGAGAGGUACGAGGCCCUCGAACCCCCCUCCUCGAAGCAAGACGACGCCAAAAGCGCCAGGCAAAGAAAAUUCGUCGUCGACGAACUCAUCAACACGGAACAAUCCUACAUCAAAAGCCUCACCAUCCUCGUCGACUACUUCCUCUCCCCCAUCGAAAAACUAGAAGCCGACUGCAUGCACAGCUACAACGGAGAACUCAUGCUAACCGUCGAGGAAAGGAGCAUCUUGUUCUCCAACAUCAAACGACUCAUGCUCAUCAACCUGCGCUUCUUCUCCUCCCUUCAACGCGCCUACAAGGAAUGGGACACCCACGAGUCCAUCGGCCACGUCUUCAUAAAGUACUUCAUCCCGGAACUCGACGCCUACGACCACUACGCCGUCAACUACAGCGCCUGCCUAACCCUUUUCUACGAACUCAUGAAAAAGCCCUCCAUCAAAAAAGUCCUAGAAUCCCUCUGGGAAAAGUCAAAGUACUCCAUCAACGAGUUCAGCGGCUUCAUCAUCACCCCCAUCCAACGACUCCCCAGGUACAUGCUCCUCCUCCAGGCCCUUCUGAAGCACACUCCACCCACUCACCGCGACUACAACGACCUCACCACCGCCCUCAACACCCUCGUCAGAACCAUCGAAGUCAUCAACUCCAGAGUCGAAAACAUCGACGGACUCAACCAAUACAUCAUGCUUCAGCGACGAAUCAUAUUCGACUACAAGUCGGAACUCAGCACGAUCAUGAAGUCGACGCGCAGGUUCAUCAAGGAACUCAGCCUCGAAAUCUUCGUCAACGACGUCAAGCACGACGCGAACCACGUGGUCCUGUUCAACGACUCUCUCGGCAUCUUCAUCAAAAAGAGAAAAAACUACAUCUUCCAAGGACUAAUCCACUUCAAAAACGCUGACGUCGUCAAAAUAGACUGCUUUCACAGCCUCACGAUGUUCUCCAUCUUCGUGGCCUGCAAACUCCUCAACCCAGAGUGCCUCAUUCAGCUGAUCUUCCCCGACAUGGAAACCAGAGACCGCUGGUUCGAAGACAUGUGCGAGUACGACCAAAAAAUCCGCGUCGGACAAGACGCGUUCGUCAACUUCACCUACUACCCGCUGCCCUCCAAACCGAAAACCGUCAACUUCGACCAGGGCAUCCUGGUCCAAGACGGCCAGGAAUCGCCAUCGUCCAGAGAAGACGUAAUUUUGUCCAAGACCCCCGUCCGCCAGGAGAAUAUCACUUCGCAACCUCGGAUUCAUCAAGAAAAAAUAAAAAAAAAAAAAAAAAAAUAA